CUUGAGCUCCCUUCUGUCUUCUUCUCUUCAGAUCAAUCAACAAAACAAACAACUUCCUGAGAUACCCGGCGACUUUCGUCUAACACGCACAUUACUAUCAAUCUUCAAGACCUCCAUUGAGAGUUCAUCAUUCAAUCACUUACCAACACAUACCACACACCACCACUAUCACAGUCAAAAUGGUUCGCGGCGAGGCUUCCCAGACCAAGGUCCACUUCAAGGGCCAGGAGGACGAUUUCAUCAUCUUCGUUGAGGACGCCGAGCUCUACAAGAAGUGGAAGACCGACAAGACUGUUCCUCUGGCACACUUCAUCUCCUCGUACAAGAUCUUCGUCACGCACAAGCAAGGUGCUCAGGGCCAGUACGACACCGCUUCCAAGUCCACACUCGAGAACGAAUUUGGCACCAGCGUCGACGACAAGGUGAUCGAGCAGAUCCUUGAGAAGGGUGACACUCAACACGUUGAGUUUGCCGACCGCCAGGGUCCCAAGAACGAUUCCCAAGGAGGCAUGGUCGCCCACUAGAGGUCUUCCAUCCCCCGCCGCAGUCGCGUGAGGCUAGACGUGAGGGGAGGCCUUGUCGCAUACGCUCGGCCGACACCAUCUUCCAGAAGGUUUAGACUUCAUGUGAGCCGACCCCGACGAUUUCCUGGCGCUCGACGUUGCAGCGGCCAAAGGCGGGCGUUUGUGUCUUGAGGCGUUGAGGUUUGGGGUGGUGUGUGCAGCGAUGGCAGCGAGGCUUUGCGCUCGGCGGAGCGUGCCUAACAACGACAAUCCGAAAGAAGAUGUCUUGAAAGGGAACAUUAAUCGCGUCUCUCAUCAACCAAUAUACAUGCAACGGAGGAUGAUCUACAAGGUGUGAUAACCUUAAAAAAUCUCCUUCGAGCCCGACAAGGGUUCAACGUCGACGCCAUGGUCAAGCAUGGCGUCCAUUGCGUGGGUUUACUUAGCGAAUAGCUGAAUAAUGAGCACAUGACUUCUCUCAAA